ACAACUAUUAAUUAUUUCUAACAGUUAAACUAAACAAAGGCUAAGUUCAUAUUGUUUGAGUAAAACUUUGACCAUUGUUGGCUGUUAGAGUAACUGCACUGUCUGCACACGAGCCAAUAAAAGUAACUGUUGGAACUUCUUCAUUUCAUUUUGGACACACUAUUCUUUGAUGGAUUUUGAAUCCUUUUCGAAUGUCAAUUAGAUCCCUUUAUGACAACAUUAUGCUGUUAUUUUUUUGUCCGAUUUAAGAAAACUACCUGUUAAUUACGUUGGAUCACACUUGUGCAGCCUCAAUAUAUGUGCGUGGGAAUUCAUGAUUUGCCUUGGCUUCUUCGCUGCUGCAUGCGUAAGGGUAGCAAAUGAGCUGGGGAAGGGAAAUGCUGAGGCUGUGAAAUUCUCUAUAAAAACCAUUUUGAGUACUACGACUUUUAUUGGACUGUUCUUCUUUGUUCUGUGUUUGGUAUUCGGACGCCAAAUUUCCUACCUAUUUUCAAGUAGUGAGGAAGUUGCAGAAUCUGUGUCCAGCCUUUCAAAUCUCCUUGCAAUCAACAUAUUGUUGAAUAGCAUUCAGCCAGUCCUCUCAGGAGUGGCAAUAGGCGCUGGAAUGCAAACAACAGUUGCUGUAGUGAACUUAGGGUGCUAUUAUGUGAUAGGGAUACCUCUAGGAGUUGUUCUGGGAUAUGUGGUCAAUCUUCAAAUUAAGGGUCUGUGGAUUGGAAUGCUAACGGGAGUGGCAAUGCAAACCUUUGUUCUUUCUUUAAUUGUAUGGAAAACCAAUUGGGACAACCAGGUAAGCAUGGUGAAACAUUAUGGUUAAUCGAAGAGAAGAUCUUGACGUAAAAAGACUUUGUAGUUCUUUGCAACUACAAGUAUUGAGCCUAUUGUCACAAUCGGUCUUGACGUACGUAAAUGAAGGUAUAUGUAACAAUUCAUUGUAUUCAGAGAGCAUGAGGUGUCUGUCAGUACUAUCCUAUUAUAAAUUCCUAAUAUCAGC